GCACUUUUAAAUUACAUAGAAAAGCCUCCAACACUUUACAAAUAUGUAAGGCUGAGGCAGAGAUAUAGUACAUUGUGAGCACGCUAACACUUUAUUCCCAAAUAUAUCAUAAAGGACCUUGAAUAUCCCAAAGAGGUCAAGGUGCAGUGAAGCCCUUUGAGCUCCUGAUCUGUAGUCCUCCUUGGAUUACCUGAAGGACCGAUGGGAACCCUGCGGGACCUGCAGUACGCUCUGCAGGAGAAGAUCGAGGAGCUACGGCAACGUGACGCCCUGAUUGAUGAGCUGGAGCUGGAGCUUGACCAGAAAGACGAGCUGAUCCAGAGGCUGCAGAACGAGCUGGACAAGUACCGCUCAGUGAUACGACCCGCCACAGCCCAACAGGUCCAGGCCCAGCAACAGAAAUUGGUUCUGCAGCCAGAUCAGCAACGCAGCAAGAGGCAGGCCAUCUCUGCAGAACCCACGGCCUUUGAUAUCAGCGAGCUGUGCCACGUCACAUUGCCCUUCUACCCCAAGAGCCCACAGUCAAAGGAGCUAAUAAAGGAAGCCAUCUUGGACAAUGACUUCAUGAAAAACCUGGAAAUCUCUCAGAUCCAGGAGAUCGUGGACUGCAUGUACCCAGUGGAUUAUGGGAAGGAUUCCUGUAUCAUAAAGGAAGGAGAUGUGGGCUCACUGGUAUUUGUCAUGGAAGAGGGUAAAGUGGAGGUGACCAAAGAGGGGAUGAAGCUGUGCACGAUGGGUCCAGGAAAAGUUUUCGGAGAGCUUGCCAUCCUCUACAACUGCACCCGGACUGCUACAGUCAGGACUCUAACCCAUGUGAAGCUGUGGGCCAUUGACAGACAGUGCUUUCAGACCAUCAUGAUGAGAACCGGCCUUAUCAAACAUUCUGAAUAUAUGGACUUUCUAAAGAGUGUUCCAACCUUCAAGGGUCUUUCAGAGGAAACUCUCAGUAAAAUGGCAGAUGUCAUGGAGGAGACUCACUAUGAUGAUGGAGAGUACAUCAUCCGACAGGGCGCACGCGGCGACACCUUUUUCAUCAUCAGCAAGGGGAAGGUGAACGUGACUCAGGGGGAUUUAGUUAAUCAGGAGCCAAUUCACCUGAGGGAGCUGGGCAGAGGGGACUGGUUUGGAGAGCGAGCGCUCCAAGGGGAAGACGUGAGAACAGCCAACGUCAUUGCUCUUGAGGCUGUUACCUGCCUGGUUAUCGACAGAGACUCAUUCAAGCAUCUGAUUGGUGGACUGGAUGACGUCUCAAAUAAAGUCUACGAGGAUGCUGAAGUCAAGGCCAAAUACGAAGCUGAGAAUGCCUUCUUCUCCAGCCUAAAGCUUGAUGACUUCAACAUCAUUGAUACUCUGGGAGUGGGAGGAUUUGGACGAGUUGAGCUGGUGCAACUGAAGAAUGAGGAAGCUAAAACAUUUGCAAUGAAGAUUCUGAAGAAACGUCAUAUUGUGGACACGAGGCAGCAGGAGCACAUCCGCGCAGAGAAACACAUUAUGACUGAGGCGCACUCAGACUUCAUCGUCAGGGGUUCAUUUGAUGACUUGACCACAAGGUUCUACACAGGCUGCGUGGUUGAAGCAUUUUCUUACCUGCAUGCCAAAGGCAUCAUCUACAGAGACCUGAAACCUGAGAACCUGAUCCUGGAUAAUCGAGGAUAUGCCAAACUGGUGGAUUUUGGUUUUGCAAAGAAGAUCGGCGUCUGCAAGAAGACAUGGACGUUCUGUGGCACGCCGGAGUACGUUGCUCCAGAGAUCAUCUUGAACAAAGGUCAUGAUGUCUCAGCAGACUACUGGUCUCUUGGGAUCCUGAUGUAUGAGCUGCUUACUGGCAGUCCCCCAUUCUCAGGUCCGGAUCCAAUGAAAACAUACAACAUCAUUUUGAGAGGCAUUGACAUGAUUGAGUUCCCCGAGAAGAUCACAAAAAAUGCUUCAAACCUCAUCAAGAAGCUCUGCAGGGAUAGUCCAUCAGAGAGACUCGGAAAUCUCAAAAAUGGAGUUAAGGACAUCCAGAAGCACAAGUGGUUCGAAGGGUUUAGCUGGGAAGGGCUGAGAAAAGGAACACUGACUCCACCCAUCGUACCUAGGGUGUCCUCUCCAGUAGAUACCAGUAACUUUGACAGUUUUCCAGAGGACGCAGACGAGCCGCCACCUGAUGAUAAUUCAGGAUGGGACUAUGACUUUUAAACAGUCUGCCUCUCUGAGACGGUUUUACAGAUGAAGACCAACAAGGCAAAAAAGUUGACUGUGGAGCUUUAUGUCUGAAAUGAACUCAUCAUUCUUUAAAAGAGCCUGAAGUGUUGAUGAAAGUAAAGGAAAAUUAUUCAUUGGAAAGACUACAUUGAUGCAUCAGGUCAUUCAAACAGGGCUGAGCAAUGAAGCAGCUGAAACUCCAGAGGGGGCGGAGUUAUACUCUGUGGCUUUACAUGCUUGAUUUUCCUUCUGGUUCUUGGAAGAUGUUGGGAAUGAACUAUUGAGCCAAAUGGAAUACUGCUGCAGUUUUCUAUGAUUCUGAGUUGAUUUUUGCCUCAGAAGAACUUCCUCCGUCAGUACCAUAGUGGUCUUUAAUCCCAAUUUGUUUUUCUAACAGUUUUUGUCC